UACGAACGAAGUGAUUACGAGAAUGACCAAAAUCAGAUAUUCUGGGUUCUGGAAUAUUUGGAAGACCGCGCAUUCCAAAAUGUCGCCUGGAACCUGACAAUGACUGAGGCGUGGAUCAGCAGCCCCUAUCUCCUAGAAUUCGAAAACUUUCAGGGUCAUCGGCUUGACUGGGCGGUGUCUCUUCCCGUCAAUGGGGCUUCAUCAAGCGAACUAGGUUUGCCGCAUAUUCUCGAUCUCGAGGAAGGAUUUGUCAUCAAACAUGAGGUUGGCUCGAACGUAAUUCGUCUUCAUUCUGAUAAAUGCCGGCUGAGAGAUGGAGACUUACUCAGCUUAGCAUACUUCCAUUACACAACUAUGCUUCGCUGGGCUAACCAAAUGAUGGCAAGAGGCGGCGUUACGAGCAUUCAAGACUUCUUUCAAAGCUGGUCGGGAAAUCGCCACUGGUCGAAACCGAAUAACGCCGUUGAUAGAUUGAUCAUCUUGAAGGAGCUGUGGUAG